AUGGAUGAAAAAGUGGAGCAAAGAUCACCCCAAAAGAUUAAGGAAAACAACAUGAACUUCAAGCUAAAAAUACCGGAUAUCAACUUGAAUGAGUUGAAGAAACAAACGCAUUUGCUUGCGUCCCCAAGAGCACAACGUGCAGUGACAAAGUCCUCUAGCACAAGGUGGAAUUGCCUCUGCUCCCCCACCACGCACGCCGGUUCAUUCCGCUGCCGGCACCACAGAAGCUCCUGCAUGCUCCGGGGUGGCUCCGUCGGCUCCAAUCUCUCGGAAUUGGCCCGUAAACCCGGCGCCAUUAGCGACUCCCUCGAAGCUCAGUAG